CUUCUACUAACACAACCUUUCUUGCUCUAGCUCCCCUUCUUUGUCAAAGGAACUAUAUUCCAUGGCGCUAGUAUUCUCUUCUUGUGGGCUAGGUGCUGUAAUGAACCUCAGUGCUUUGAAAACCAAUGUGAGCUCCUCACGCAAGAAAUUUCUUACUUGUAAAAGAAGCAAGAUAGUUGCAAGCAACCAAGGGACAAAUACAACCGCAAGCUAUUCUGCUCUCGCGACCGAGCCACUGACUAAAGAAGAUCUCAUUGCCUAUUUUUCUUCUGGAUGCAAAACAAAGGAAAUGUGGAGAAUAGGUACAGAACACGAGAAAAUCGGUUUCGAUGUCAAGACUUUGCGCCCUAUGAAGUAUGAACAAAUAACUGCACUGCUUAAUGGUAUUUCUGAGAGAUUUGAUUGGGAUAAGGUGAUGGAGACUGGGACAAUCAUUGGUCUGAAACAGGGAAUGCAAAACAUAUCAUUAGAACGAGGAUGCCAACUAGAGCUAAGUGGAGCACCUCUAGAGACUUUGCACCAAACUUAUGAUGAGCUCAAUUCACACCUUUACCAGGUGAAAACUGUUGCUGAGGAUUUGGGAAUUGGUUUCCUAGGAAUUGGUUAUGAACCGAAAUCUAAUCUUGAGGAUGCAACCAUUGUGCGCAAGAGAAGGUAUGACAUUAUACAAGGCUAUUUAGACAGAAGUGGCUCAGGACCUGACUUGGGUCUCAGAACGUGUACUGUUCAGGUCAAUCUAGACUAUAGUUCAGAAACCGAUAUGAUCAGGAAAUUUCGCGCUAGUCUAGCUUUGCAACCUAUUGCGACAGCUCUAUUCGCAAACUCACCUUUUAGUAAUGGAAAACCAAAUGGGUUUCUAAGUAUUAGAAGCCAUUUAUGGAUAGAUACCGAUAAGAACCGAACAGGAAUGAUACCUUUUGUGUUCCAUGACUCAUUCGGGUUUGAGCGGUAUGUCGAAUAUGCACUUGAUAUUCCAAUGUGCUUCUUACACAGAAACAAAAGCUAUCUCAAUUGUAGAGGAAUGACAUUUCGGGAUUUCUUGUCUGGGAAAACUUCUCAUCUAUCUCAUGAACAGCCCACCAUUAACGACUGGGAAAACCAUAUAGGAACAAUAUGGCCAGAGGUUCGGUUAAAGAGAUAUUUGGAGAUGAGAGGAGCUGAUGGAGGUUCCAGGGAGAUAUUGUGUGCCCUACCAGCUUUUUGGGUGGGUUUGCUAUACGAUGACGAGUCUCUCCAAACUGUUCUUGAUAUGAUAGCUGAUUGGACUACUGAAGAAAGAGAGAUGCUUAGGACACAAGUCCCAGUCACUGGCCUUAAGACAAUGUUUAGAGAUGGUCCCUUAAAACAUGUCGCAGAAGAUGUCUUAAAGCAGGCAAAGGAUGGUUUGGAGCGUAGAAACUACAAAGAAACCGGUUUCUUGGAUGCUGUCACCGAGGUAGCUAUAACAGGUGUGACGCCUGCAGAGAAGCUCUUGAAGUUGUACAAUGGAGAUUGGGGACAAAGCGUAGAUCCUCUGUUUCAUGAAAUGCAAUACUAAGAAGACAAAAUAUCUUGGACAUGAGAUAUAGAGAUAAAACUCCUCUUAUUUCUAAUAACUUUAUAAGCUGUCGUUUGGUGUGUGGAGAAAAUGGUGA